GUCUCUUGGGUUCCGCCCCACACGUCUGCUUCCACGAUUGGACCAAAUGACUGCCCCUCAGCAGUGUUGCCUGGCAACGGGGAAGGGGCGGCUCUCGAGAGGAACCCGUGCGCUGCUGGUCCUGACCGGAGAGUACCAGGAAGCCCGGCAGGAGAAUUCUGCCAGAUAUCAGGACAAAUGGGGAACAGCAGAAGCCGUGUGGGGCAGAGCUUUUGUUCACAGUUUCUUCCUGAGGAACAGGCAGAGAUUGAUCGAUUGUUUGAUGCUCUGUCAUCGGAUAAAAACAGCCCAAAUGUCUCAUCCAAAUCCUUCUCUUUGAAGGCACUGCAGAACCACGUCGGGGAAGCUCUUCCCCCAGAGAUGGUCACCAGGCUGUACGGUGGCAUGCGGAGGGUCGACCUGACAGGGAAGGCGAAGGGACCCAGUGAGAACGUGUCCCAGGAGCAGUUCACAGCAUCCAUGUCCCACCUGUUGAAAGGAAACUCCGAGGAGAAGAGUGUCAUGAUUAUGAAAAUGAUUUCUGCCACAGAAGGUCCCGUGAAGGCCAGAGAAGUCCAAAAGUUUACAGAGGAUCUGGUUGGCUCUGUGGUGCACGUGCUAAGCCACAGACAGGAGCUGAGAGGCUGGACUGGGAAGGAAGCCCCAGGGCCCGCCCCCCGGGUGCAGGUGCUGGCUGCUCAGCUGCUCUCUGAGAUGAAGCUGCAAGAUGGCAAGAGGCUUCUGGGGCCCCAGUGGCUGGACUGUGACUGCGACCGAGCCGCGAUCGAGGACUGGGUGUUCAGGGUCCCCCCUGUGGCCGUAUUCCUGAGUGUGGUCCUUUGCAAGGGCUUUCUCGUCCUGUGCUCGUCUCUUGAUCUGACUAUCCUGGUCCCCGAGCGUCAAGUGGACCAGGGCAGGGGUUUUGAGAGCAUCCUGGACGUCCUCUCUGUCAUGUACAUCAACGCCCAGCUGCCUCGGGAGCAGCGGCACCGCUGGCGCCUGCUCUUUUCAUCUGAGCUCCACGGACACAGCUUCUCCCAGCUCUGCGGCCACAUCACUCACCGGGGGCCCUGUGUGGCUGUCCUCGAGGACCACGACAAGCAUGUGUUCGGUGGGUUUGCCUCCUGCUCCUGGGAGGUGAAGCCUCAGUUUCAAGGGGACAACAGAUGCUUCCUGUUCUCCAUCUGCCCCAGCAUGGCCGUGUACACACACACGGGCUACAAUGACCACUACAUGUACUUGAACCAUGGACAACAGACGAUCCCGAACGGACUGGGUAUGGGGGGGCAGCACAGUUACUUUGGGCUUUGGGUGGAUGUUGAUUUCGGGAAAGGACACAGCAGAGCCAAGCCCACGUGCACCACGUACAACAGCCCGCAGCUGUCGGCUCAGGAGAACUUCCAGUUUGAUAAGAUGGAGGUGUGGGCGGUUGGAGACCCCUCAGAGGAGCAGUUGGCCAAGGGCAACAAGAGCAUCCUGGAUGCGGACCCUGAGACCCAGGCCCUGCUGGAGAUCAGUGGGCGGUCGCGCCACAGUGAAGGGCUCCGGGAAGUCCCGGACGAUGAAUGAGGAGCCGCCUGAGCCUUCCUGGAGCUGGGACCUGGAUUCCUCUGGGUAGAGGGCACCGCCUGCAGCCCCUCUUCCCUCCCCCAUGGUUUAACUGUAAUAGAGUGCCACACGGGUCACAGCCAGGUAGACCCAGAUGUGCCAAGAAGACGCCCUCUGAAGCCAUGUCCUGACUGAUGCGUGGAUCUCCCAGAAAUAGAUGUUUUUAAAAUCUUCUUUUUUGCCCUACAGGGUCACUCUCAGGAUCUGUCCGAGUAAUCUUAAGUGUCAAAUUAGUAACUCAAUCUUAUACUUUGUUCUUUUUUACCAAUGAAAUCCUAAGCGGCUGAGACCUUUCAGACCCCCACUGGCCUUAGGGGAUUCUGCUGGCCUCAGGGAAUUCUGCCGGCCGUAGGGAAUUCCACCAGCAUUAGCGUUGCUGGGAGCUCAACUUCUCUAUUGAGGAGCGGGUUCCUCCCAUUGGGGUUCACAUGGCCUCACUCAGGCCAUCCCUAUUAAAGGUGGUACCUGAUGGUCUCUUCUGACGGGUGAGAGACAGAGGCAUCUGGAUGAAAACUCGACGCUUUCUGGGAACAGCUUCCAAUGCCAUGGGAGUUCUGUAUGUAAAAGCAUGAACUGUGUAUAAAAUGGGGAAAUGGAGGCAGGAGAGUUUGAGGUAACAUGGUCUCCUGGUGGCGUGAGUCCUCAGCAGGUUGUUUGUAAUUAAGGUUCCACACCGAGCUCUGUCAGCUGUUUUUAAAUGAAUGUGUGAUGAACAGAUGGGGAAGUUGGGAGAUCUGUCUACAGAGAAGCAAAGUUGUUCUCUUGCUAACUUUAAGGUGAGGGACACUGGGCACCCUAAGUUUGGGAACUUGGUUAAUAAAUACAUAUAUAAGUCCAUUCCAUAAAUCAGUGGUGAGUGACUGGCCUGGGUUCUAGACCUCUGGGAACCAGCACCUGAGUCACAGCUGUCUAGCCCUCGGUGCUGGCCUUGUUCUGGAUCUCCGGGAACCAGUACCUGAGUCACAGCUGAGUCAUUUGCCCAGGGCUGCUCCCGAGGGGGGUGAUGGGAAAUUCAGCAGUGUAGGCUCACUGUAAACAAGCUCCAGUGAUCCUGAAAUGCUGAAGAUCAUGUAGGUGGGUUGUGGGGUCAGCAGAGCUGCUGGCUGCCCACAUCUGGAAAACAACACACGGUGAGUCACCAGUUGGCCACGAGAACUCCCCACUUAAAGGUGCUGUGAGCUUGUGUCUAAGACAUACACCUCUUCCUUUUGUCUUUUGCCAUAAGCUUUGACCUUUUGCAGAUCGUUGAAAAUACCUCUUAUUGUAUAGUUUGCGUUGAUUGUAAGCCAUAGUAAAUCGAGCUGUUCGCAUUUUUGCAGGCCCUCCAUUUUCUACUAGGAGGUUCAUCAAACCUUCCACUUAGCAAUAUCCCUGACUCAGGCAGAAUGCCUCGUAAAUUAGCCUUCAAAAGAAAAGUGCACGCUCAGACAGUGUGUGCAGGGGCAGGAGUGUGAUGCAGACAAGGACUUAGUCAUGACUGCUUUUCCUUAGCCAGUUUUUAAUGGCUUGUGGGGAACAUUGUGAACUUCCUACCUGACAUGUUAGCAGGUGUAGAAUAUUAGGAUCCUCAAGCAUCUCUACCAUAAGUCCAAAGAAUUUAGGUCCCCAUUGUCACUUUGUUUUGGAAUGUGUUUUAUAAAAAUGCAGUUAAAUACCUCACUAUUAAACUGCCAUGAUGCCUCAGUUAAAAAAAAAUUAAAGGUCUGUCAGUGUC